CCGCUUCGCCAUUUUGUGCUGCUACGCCGGGUAUUUAUCUGAAGAUUCGUGACUAGUCCAUUUACACUGCUAGUUAGGUGGUCUCAAACGUGUCUCAGUUUACGGAUUAAGAACUAAAGACUGCUGCCUUUGAACCAAUUCACGCCAGCCCAAAAAGGGAAUCAUAGCAAUAGUUGUUUUGUACAUUUAGUAGUUUUUUUAUUGUGUGAGAAAGAAUGUCGUCCGAAAGCCCUGAAUACUCUCCGUUCUUCGCAGUGAUGGGUGCCUCUGCGGCUAUGGUUUUCAGCGCCUUGGGAGCGGCCUAUGGCACGGCCAAGAGCGGCACAGGCAUCGCUGCCAUGUCGGUGAUGAGGCCAGAGCUCAUCAUGAAGUCCAUCAUCCCCGUGGUCAUGGCGGGUAUCAUAGCCAUCUACGGCCUGGUAGUAGCGGUGCUGAUCGCCAACAACAUCUCAAACACGAUCACCCUCUACAAGAGCUUCCUCCACCUGGGUGCUGGUCUGAGCGUGGGGCUGAGCGGGCUGGCAGCAGGCUUUGCCAUCGGCAUCGUUGGAGACGCGGGAGUAAGGGGCACCGCCCAGCAGCCCCGGCUCUUCGUGGGCAUGAUCCUCAUCUUGAUCUUCGCUGAGGUCCUGGGGCUGUACGGCCUCAUCGUCGCCCUCAUCCUGUCUACGAAAUAAUCGCCUCUCCGCUCCGAUAUCUCCUCCUUUAUGUUGCUGCUGGAGAGAAAAAAUAAUAAUAAAGCAAAACAGGAAAAACCAUAAAAAAUUAAGUAAAAAAAUUUCUGACACAAAAAAGUGACAAACGUGGAAAUAUAAUUAUAUAUGAUUAAAAAUGGCUCCGUAAAUAUGGUCUUAUCUCAAAUGUGUACAGUCGUCCCGAUUUGAUAGUCAACUUCUUGUAAAUGCGCAAUGUAGUGAUUUGUCUGUUUUGUGUGUGUGUGCGUGUGUGUGUUAAGAAAACAAUUGUAUGAAGAUUCCUUUCUCUUACCACACUGGUUUCUGGUCAGCCAGGUCGCUUGUUGGCCCCUGGUCGGCCCCUGGUUUGAGAGAGCGGACCAAAGGCCCUAUGUUUCUCCUCCUCCUGCAUUGAAUCUGGGAGUUUACACAAUUCUGCUUUGAUGUUGAGGAUCUAUUUGUAAAGGAAAAAAAGAUGUGUAUGGAUUAGCUUUGUUUUUGUUUUUCUGUUUUCCACUGAUUUUAUUUAUAAAGAAUUGUUCAUGAAACUGUUUAAAUGGAGCAAAAAUCUUUAAUUCCCCAUGAUAUAUAUAUACAGACAUAACAUACAUAUUAUAAAUAUCUAUAUAUAGAUAGAUUUACUGCACUGUGGGUUAAUUGUGAUAAGUGGUUGGAAUUCCUCUGGAUGUUAUACUUGGUUAAAAAAAAUGUAGGAUUGCCUUCAGUGUGUGGACGGCGGAGUGGCGGUUUCGUGUGUAACUGUAUUUUAAUCAUUACGCAAACAUUCUCGAAACACUUCAAUGUUUUCCUGUAGUACAGCUGUUUGAUUGCAUUAAAAUGCGUGUGCCCAGUGUUGGGUCUCACAGGUGUAAUUUCCCAAAACUCAUCUUCUCUCUCCAACUUUUUCAUCCCCCAGUCACGUGUACUCAUUCUCACCACAUUACUCCCAUUAAACGUGCAUGGAGUUUAAGUGUUUGGUCGGUCGUGAGGAAAAAUAUCAAGGUAAAUCUUCCAGGGCAGUUUUCAGAACAUUUAAUCCAGGUCAAAAUGAGCUUGUGGUAUUUACAUGCCAAAAUUCUGUUUGCUUUUCUUAUGGAACUAAGUCACAUGAUCGUACAAACAUUACCUUGGCUGUAGCAAUAUCAUGGUAACAAAGGCGCAGCUUGGUUGAGUGGCGAAUAUUCACCACGACUCGCAACACAGCUGAAUUGAUCUGGAACAAGUUUUCUGAACCACUGUUCUCAGUUGACUCAUUUAACAAGCACUAAUCUUAAAGCCUGUAUGACCACUCGUACUCACAGUAGUCUGCUGUAGUGUUGAUGAACGUGUUCCCUAUCAAUUAAAGGAGAUUCUCAAUUAGAUUUGA